AGACAUUGAGAUACUUGUACCAAAUAUCAUUUUUCAUUAUUAUACUUCUAUUAUUAUUAAGUCUCUUACUCAAAACUCUCUCAAUUUCCAAAUCCAAAAAUGAGUACAGCAACUUUCAUCGACGUCAUUCUUGCCAUCAUUCUGCCUCCUCUUGGUGUUUUCUUGAAGUUUGGCUGCCAGGUUGAGUUUUGGAUCUGUUUGGUGCUGACGUUAUUGGGGUACCUCCCUGGAAUUCUUUAUGCACUCUAUGUCAUCCUCAGAUGAUCUCUUCACUCCUUAAAUGGUGUGAAGGAUGCUCGUUGUCGUUGAUGAUGAGUAUGCAGCAGAAAUUUCUUGUUUAGUUUGAUUGGUUAUUCAUUGAAUCGGCCUUGUUUUCACUUUCAAUAGUACCUUUUUUUUUUUUUUUUUUUUUUUAUAAUGUAUGAAAUUGUUCGCCGUUGAUUUGCUACAUGGAUUUCUUGAUGAAAUUAAAGUGAAAAUUGCUGAUUAUGAAAUGGUACUUUUAUGUAUCUACUAGUGUCUA